CCAAACGAACCCCUCACACAGUCCCCACCACUUCUAAUAAUUGAAUUUUCCACCAUAUAAACGACCACAACUUUGGCUUCAUAUAUCUAUUAUACUAGUGAUAAAUAGUAUUUAGUUUAAUAAAAAGGCUAAAGAGAUUUAGAGCAUGCCAAAUAUGGAGCAUAGGUCAUCCUUCACAACCAGCUUCUUUCUCUUUCUCCUCCUAGUUCUUCCUCACUUUUCAAGAGGGGAAUCAGAGGGAAUAUUGAGUUCAGAUUCAGAUAUAUAUGAGAUUGAUUAUAAAGGGCCAGAAACACACUCUUCAGUUCCUCCUCCACAUAAUAAUCCUCAUUCAAUUCCACGAAAGAAUUUAGUCAGAGCAGAGAAAGUUUUUGGUAGUGCUACUCUGGCAUCAAAUAAGGUUAAGAAAGUCCAUGGAUGAGGGGAAGCCUUUGACUGAAACUAAAUGGACUACUACUACAUGCUCAUAAGAAAUACAAUGUAAAGAAUGAAGAGUUGGAAUAUGUUUCAUGGUGUUUGGCUAUGCAUGUUUUUUGAAAGUAGGGAUGAUGCUUUUGGUACAUAUAUUGAGUAUACAUAUUUUUGUAUCUGAAGUUCUGAAUAUUACUUGAUUAAGUUAUGACCCAAUCACAGAUUUAUCUAGCUUGAUAA